AUGGAGCACCUGCCCCCGGAGGUGUGGGUUUACGUGUUCAGCUUCCUGAGCCAGGAGGAGAAGAGCACGGUCCGCCGCUGCUGCCGCUGCCUCCGGAGGCUCAUCGACCACGGCUCCCUGUGGCGGGACCACACGGUGGUUCUGUCCGACCUGCGGCGCUACACCUACGGCUUCUGGGACACGCUGCGCCACCGCAAGCUCACCCGGGUGUCGGUGCGACACCUGCGGCGCAAAGAGUGGCGGCGGCUGGUCCGGUUCCUCCCGUCGCUCACCGCCAUCGUGUUCGUGGACGGGGGCCGGCUGUACAGGGAGCGGUACCUGGACCACCUGGCCCGGUUCCCGGAGCUGAGGGACCUCGGGGUGCGGAACGCCGCCUGGGAGGAAGCGAUGCUCGGCCGGGGCGUGAGCGAGCAGCUGCGGGAGCGACUCACGCACCUGAGCGUGUGCAACGUGCGGCUGCCAUGCACGGAGCAGUUCAUCAGCACCGUGUGUCACCUGGUCAACCUGCGCUACCUGCUCUUCCACCAGCAGGGGGAGGGCUACGGGCUGGACACCGUGCGCCCGGUGCCCUGCGGGGUUUUCCACCGGCUGCUGCGGAACCUCAGCAAGCUGCGGCACCUGUCGUGGGGGAUGAGGGGGGAGCCUCCGGAGCCGCUGCCCGACGAUUACCUGAGUCCCCUUGAGCCAGGAACGAGCCGGUAUGGCGGCCCGGCGCUCACCAGUCUGGAGCUGGUGGAUUACCCAGAAACCCUCCUGCCAGAGAACGCCCUGAGGAGCCUGACCUCGCUCCGGUCGCUGACGGUUCGCUACCGGUACAUCAGAGAGGGGAUCCAGUGCCGCCUGACCUCCUGGCUCAGUCCACUGCAGCAGCUGGAGACUCUGAAGAUCAUCGGUGGUAAUUCUCUCGCCACAUAUACGACCACCAUCCCGUCCAGCGUGACCAGGCUGAUGCUGCGUGUGGCCAUCACUCUGAAGGACAUGGACUCCAUCGCUCCGAAGGUGCCGGCGCUCGAGCACCUGGACAUCGAGCAGAACCGGUCCAGCGGCAGCCUCUGCAGACGGAUCCCCAUGUUGUUCCCUCAGCUGCGGACGCUCCGGAUACGGUUCUUCCGCCGAGAACCAGAGAAAGACCUGCUGAGCCUCCACCGGCUGCGACACCUGGUGCAGCUGGAGCUGCUGGUGGAGCGCUCCUACAUCCUCAGAGACUACCUGAACGGUCACCCCUGGCCCAGCCCCUGCGUGCAGGAGCUGAUCGACCAGCUGCGCGAGCUGUCGGAGAACCGGAUCACCGUGAUCACCACCAUGCGCCAGAGGAACCCUCUACGAGAGUGUGACUGUGUGUGGGAGGGGGACUGAGGAGCAGGAGGGAAAACUGGGAAAUCAGUUUUUAUUCUCCUGAAGCGAGAGGAGGACGGAGUCGGGGACGAAGGAGUCGGUCUGUCGAUGAGGACAGACGGGGGGGCCUGUUUUCUUCUGAAGGAAAAGGUUUGAAGACGAAUGAGACUUAAUGAAAGUCGUCAGAUGUUAGAAUCAUGUGAUAAUCAAUGGAACUGAAGAUUAGAGCAAACCUGGGCCUCAAAACAUCAUGAAAUGAAGCCCUCUGGGGAUUAAUGAGAUCUGGGCAAACCAGCAAAGUGAAGUUUGAUCGAGGAGGAGAUCCAGAGAACGGAGGGACGACUCAGACCAGCAGGAACCAAACGAGGCCGGGAGCCGGGACUGGGUUUUCUAAUUGGUUCCACAACAGAUCCAGUUGUUAGCAAACUAACCAACAUUCAUUUAGCUCCAUCAGUUCAUCAUCAACGUGUGAAUAAUCAGGUGUUAAAGUCAGCUGCUGUUUCAGUCUGAUCUGAAUCAUCAUUUCAGCGGAUCACAGCCUUAUUGUGCGUCAUAAAUAUUAUGUGUUGAUGCAGCUUCAUCAGUAUUUGUCACAAUUAUAUGAACUAAUUAUUUCCUUUGGUGAAUAAAUGCACUAUCAUAGUUACAUCAUGUUGUUUCUCAAAGUAAAGCCCAGAUCAGAACAAACACAGAAACACAAAGUCUAAAGUUAAACUUAAAUGACUCAUUCAAUCAUUUAAUUUAAUUCAUUUCAAUCCAACUACUUUAUUCUAUCAUGUCACAUGAUGUUGUUUUCAGAAGCAUCCAAUGUUUGUGUUGUGUGAGAUGUCAUUUCUAUUUUUUUCUUAUUUUAUCACAAUUUACAGAAAGAAUGAAUAUUUAUUGUAUAAUUUCAUUGGUCCGUUUAUCAUGUCACAACAUUAAGUAGAACUGUGUGUAUGCUGAAAAUAAAAUAUAUAAAUAUGAUAUAA